AUGCAGCUGGACUCCGAGGAGGCAAAGGCUGACCUGGAGUACGUUCGCUGGGCUGCUGGCACCACAACGAGCCUGCGGCCGUGGCAGCAGCAUCUGGGGGAAAAAAACCUCCUGGUGACUGGAGGGAUGGAUCGACUUGUCAGGGUCUGGAAUCCUUAUCUGCCUGGAAAACCAACAGGUGUGCUGAGAGGCCACACAGCUCCUGUGGUAUAUGUACAUGUAUCUCUGGAAGAAAACAAAGUGAUUUCCAUGUCUGCUGACAACAUUGUCAAGAUCUGGGAUCUGGAGACCCAUGGCUGCUGCUUUACGGCCUCUUCCAAAGCCAGUGGCAUCAAGGGAGAACUCUCGGCCUGCCUCUACCUCCCUGGACCUAGAAUCCUGUGUGUGGCCACAGAUGCCCUGGCUUUUCUUCAUCUGAAAGUGGGAUCUGUCCCAGAGCCCCACCUGGUGCGUUCCCACCAAGAGCCUGUGGUGUGCUGCAGGUACAACCCAGCCUUCAGGCACGUGGUCAGCUGCUGUGAAGCAUCCGUAGUGAAAGUGUGGGACUUUGACACAGGAAGACAGGUGUCUGAGUUUAUUGGGUGUCAUGGCAAUGCCAGCGUCACCUGUCUGACUUUUGACUCCAGCGGAAGAAGGCUCGUUACUGGGGGCAGAGAUGGCUGUCUGAAAAUAUGGAGCUACAACAAUGGAAACUGUCUCCACACCCUUCAGCACGAUGGAAAUCAAAGUGAGGUCUGUGACUGUACCUACAUGGAGGUGAACCAAACAAGGUGUGCUGUAGCUGUUGGAUGGGACAGAAGAAUAAAUGUGUAUUUUGACACACCUCGUGAUUUUCAUCAUUUCUGGAAGCCUCAACCCCACUGGCAGGAUGACCUGAACCACGGGCACAAAGAGGACAUCCUUUGUGUGGCCCAGUGCCCACCUUUUCUUCUGGCCACCUCCAGUUAUGAUGGAGAGAUAAUAGUUUGGAAUGUCAUCUCGGGCCACAUGUACUGCAAGCUGAACCCUCCCAGUCCUGUGGAUGGCCAGGACCACAGAGAAGGCCCAGACAGAAGUGUCUCUCGACUGGCCUUCCUAAAGACUCGAGCAAGGAAGCUGGACUCAACAGCUGCUUCCCUCGUCAGCAACGGGCCCGGAGGUUCUGUCACUUUCUGGAAGGUCUUUAGUGGGGCUGGCCUCAUUGCAAACUUCACGCCGUCCAAAGGGAAAGCCCAGGUGAGCAGCAUCGUGGUGACAGCAGGAGACACCCUCACCUACCUGGCCGACCAGCAGGGCUUUGUGCAUGUCUAUGACAUCCGGGAGUAUGGCCUCCGGGGACCAGAGCUGCAGGCUCCCAAGACGGUGACAUCCUGGAGGGCUCAUGUCAGCAUGGUGACAUCUCUGGAGCUGAUAGAGGAUGAUAGCAUCUUACUGUCUUCCUCCCUUGACCGCACUGUGCGCCUCUGGAGCAAAGAUGGUGCAUACAUAGGGACCUUUGGGCAGAGUCGCCCCUGGGAUGUUUUCACCCCUGCCUCCUGGAGUCACCCAAGAGUCCCCUUUGAGAUUUUGACAGACCCUCAAAGCAUGCCCACCCACCCAGUACUGGAAACAGAUAUUCCCGCCGGGUGCUUGGGAGGACGCCAGGAGCGGGACAUUGUGAUGGAAGAGAAGGUCCUGUCUGAGACUGCAAAGACCCAGAACCUUCCCUUCCCAGGAGGUCCCACUGGUGAAGCAGAGACAAAAGAAGAUAAAAGCCAAAGCUGCUGGUCUGCGCUUUGCCACGGCAGACUGCUACCAGCACAAAGAAAGCCUCGCUGGAAGGUGCCCGAGCUCAAAUGGCCCAGCAUUUACCAGGCCCUGCAGUGCCACGAGGUCCCCUGUGUGUCUGCUCUCGGGGAGAAGCCAGAUCUGUCCCUCAUUGGCUCCGACAUGUUCACCGACAGUUUCUGCAGCCAGGAAAGAGAAGCGGAGCUGCAGGAAAGCAAGGAGCACUCACCCUGGGGCAGAUUCUUUCCUAAGUGCUAAGGACCCUGCCUUCCUUGCUUGGCCAGUUCUUUCCUGUGUAAUGGAAAAGGUCUAACUGAGAUUAAGCUCUGCCCUGUGGGAGCAAUGAAGAACAAAAUGAAGAAAUGAUCUCAGUCCAGGUGGGCUCCUCCCGAAGCAAUUAGAGCUGAAAUCUCAGAGAAUAAGUCAUCACAGUGUUUUUCUGGGAAGUCAGUGUCUCACUGUGUGGAGAAAAGUCAAAGCAGGUGGUCAUAGCCAGAGGUCCCCAAACAGCUCCCCCACCGACCACCUCUGAGGAGGCCGAGGAUAGGGUAGAGCAGGGAGGUUGCUGGGAAACAGAUGGCAGUUUGCUAGUGUGCUUUUUGCAGGGAGGCCUGCUUUCGGACGGAUGUGGUCUCCCAUCCAUUCCUAACAGUUCCCGGGAAUAGACACUGUUAGCAGCUGAAGUCCAUUGCUAUGAGAUGAGCUCUAUCAAGAGGGGCUCGGCCUUUUCUCCACCCCAAUACUCAGGCUAGGUGUGGCUCCUAGGAGCUGGGGAGAGGGGACCGGUCCCUUGGACCAGUACAGGUGGCAGA